CGCUGGGACACGACCCAUUUGGCUCGCCCAGGUUCGACCAACCGCCAACCGUUCGGUUAGAAAGAGCCUGGAGAUGGUACGUGACUCACGCUCGCCGGUCGCCAUUUCACAAGCCGUCUCGGCCUUCGCCGCGGUAACAUGUACGACUCGUUCAACUCGCCCCGGAACAACGCAGGCGGUCUCAUGGACCAAGGCCAGUAUGAGACGCUUCUCAGCGAAGUGUCCAAGGCCGUCGGGCAGUUCAAUGGCAUCAUCCGCUCGAUCGAUCAAAAGGUUUCGCUCUAUGGCACGUCGCUGGACUCGCGCGCCAACCACGAGAAGCUCACGGAGCUCGUCGACAAGGGCAACAAGCUCGUGGGCAAGAUCCAGAAGCGGCUCAAGCUGCUCACGGACGACGUCAAGAACAAGAGCGGCCCAAAGGCCAAGGCGCGUGCGACAGCCGUGAAGAAGCUCUCGUCCGACUUCAAAUCGCAGCUCGAGCUCUUCCAAAAGAGCUGCGAGACAGUGGUCGCGGCCGAGACGCAGGCCGUCGACAACAUUCGCCGGUCGUCGUCGUCGUUUGUGCAGCCCAAGGGCGAGACGAACGGCAACAACUUUUUCAACUACAACGAAGACCAGAUUUACGCCCAGGCCCAAGUGACCACGUACGACGAAGACGACAUGAUGCGGCGCGAAGAAGACAUUAUCCACAUCAACCACCAGCUCAAGGAGAUCAACGCUGCAUACAAGGAGAUCGACGGCCUCGUCCAAGACCAAGGCGAAGUCAUUGUCGAGAUUACCGACAACAUUGACAACGCCCAUGAAAACGCUGAAGAGGGCUUGAACCAGGUCAAGCAAGCCGACAUGCGGAAAUCCUACUGCGUCUGCACGAAGCGCAAGAUGAUCUGCUAUGGCGUGCUCGGCCUCAUCCUCGUGCUGCUCGUCCUGACGUUGGUCCUCGCGCUCGGCAAGAGUUAAAUGCUUGUGCGCUCCUCAUGUACACACAUUUUCCAUCGUUUUUGUUGAAAAAUCGCAAAUAUUUUGCAGGAAAUAGAGGCGAUAUGACCAAGUAAUCGACCGUUGACCGCCAAUAUGUACACUUUUGUCCCGUCA